AUGUCAUCAUCCUCGAAGACGAAGCUGGAUCAAAAGCUGAAUAGCUACACACCACUCGAGCCCACGGACAAAACCAAGGACUUCCUCCGUGACUUCUUCAAGAUCCUUCCUCCUGACGGAAAAAAAAAUCUGGCGGGAGACGUUUCAGGGUGUGCAAACGAUGAGGAGCUUCGGCAACUGGUCCAAAGCAUCAGAACUGGUUUAUUGAUUCCUAUGAAAGCACAGGGCGGCAAAACACCCACUGAAAUCACUCCGUCUCCGCGUUCCGGCGUUGAAGAUUCCAUCGAGAAUCUCAAUAGCCUAAACAUCGAGCCCAUCAGCAGAAGCUCUCAGUCGCAACUCCGGCACCACUGUUUAGAAAGAGAUGGCAACAAAUGUCUUGCAACGGGGCAGUAUAGUCACAGUCACCCCCAUCCACAGAACGCAAUAACGACCCAUCUUGAAGCGGCACACAUUAUUCCAUUUGCACUUGGAUCCUUUCAGGCUAAUGACGGUGAGGCAGUGGACAGACAUGCAAAGACUUGGGUCAACCUAAGGCGAUACUUUCCAGUUCUUCGCAGUAUGUCCUUUACCUCGGACCAGAUCAAUACGGAAAAGAACAUCCUAAUGCUAGAGUCGCCACUUCACACUGAAUUCGGUCAAUUCAGACUCAUUUUUGAAGCAACCGGAGUUGCUCACCAGUAUCGAAUCAAGACCUUUCCAGAUACCGCCACAGGGCCGAUACGGAAUUUACCUAAAAAUCGGCUUGUCAAGUUCAGAAUUCACAAAGGAAGUUGGGAACUUCCAGAUCCUAAACUUCUCGGAAUCCACGCUUGUAUUGGAAACUUUCUACAUCUAAGUGGCCAGGCGGAGAUAAUCGACAAGGUCCUAAAAGAUUUUGAAGACUGUGGUGGGCUUGCGCCGAGUGGAAGCACCAACAUCGAAGACCUUCUUGCAGCGAGCGGCCUCUCACUACUAUCCUCGAAUGUCAACGAAACGCCCGAUUCCCGAAAGUCUACAGACAAGCAACGCCCUACGGAGAAGAAAGGACACCUACGGGCGAAAAUUCUUGACACUGAAAAUAAACCAUGGGGAUACUAA